AUCAGCCAAGUGCUAGAAUGUUUAAAGGCUGCUAUUUUCUGUCCUCAGUUCAUUCGCCAAACAUCAGGCAUCACAACAGCAAAGGUGUGGACUGUCGUGAAGUCUGAGACAUUUUGAUAAGUUCAUUCGCCUAACAUCAAGCAUCACAACAGCAAAGAUGGCUUUUGGUCUUCACUUGGUGUUGCUCUUGUGUGGCAUUAGUGGACUGUUCACUGGAACUUGUGCUCGUGCUAUAAAGAAAGAUCAGUCUUGCCCUCCAGGCUGGACUCAGUUGGACGACCGCUGUAUAAUCUUUCAAAAUGAGGCAUUAAAUUUCCAACUUUCCGAGAUUGUCUGCAACAUUCUUGGUGGAAACCUGGUUUCAAUCCACAAUGAUCUGGAAAAUGAAGUAGUUCGACACGUGAUUCUGGCAGGGGCUGGAUCUUUUCAGCGUUCUUGGAUUGGGCUCCAUGACCGGGUUGUGGAUGGAAAUUUUUUGUGGACAGACGGCUCACCCUUUGAUUUCAAUGACUGGGCGAAUAACCGGCCGAGAGUGGAUACAAAUCAAGACUGUGCAGAAAUAAACUUUCGAGAUGAACCCUGGAGUGAUCUUGGGUGUGGUGCGCGAAGAUCCUUUGAGUGUGCCAUGACAACAAGGUCAUUUCCUCAGCAUUGGCGCAUUUAGCCAAUUUUUCAGUACCCCCAAAAAUUAAUCCCAACACCCCUUAAAUUUGAGAGAUUUUGUUUUCCGACCUGGACUCGCAUCAAAUGUGUGACAUUUUGAAAAUACUGUAUAUGUGCAUCCGAGGUGAGGAAAUAUGAAACAUGACUUUUGCCAGUCGGUGUCGUGAAGUCUGAGAAAUUUUGAAAAGGUAUGACCAUCGAGAGUAAAGUUUCAACGGCUUUUGUUGUCACGGCAAAUCAACAGAAUUCGCCACACCGUCACGGCCACUCCCUCUGCUGAAAUAUCACAAUUAUUAGUAUAAAGCAUGAUCAACAACGUCUUGAAGCUUUACUGACAAAAUUUCAGGGGGAACUGGUCAACGUGGUCGACGCAAUACAGUAAACUGUAAAAGAUCAUAUUUCUUGUCGCCACUAUGUGCUGCUAUACGUAUAGCAAAAAAAAAAUUUGUCAUAUAGACGUCUUUAGGUUGUGACUACAAUGAAACAUGAUGUUUGGGAUUUUUGGGAGCCUUACACAGGGGAGUUAUUAAGCAUUUGGUCUUUUGUGGAGGAUAUUUGAUAUGCAAAUUUGGAUGCCCUGCCCCCGUCGUAGUAUGGUAGGAAAAAAAAAGCUUUUAAGAACUUUUAACAUCCCAGGUCUUGAGAUGGUACAGGCCAAGUUUAAAGUCAAUUGAAUGAAACCUCUAGGACAAGUUUGCAAAAGUAUCACCUCUGUAAAUGUGCAGAAAUCGUCCAAAAGUGUACAUUCAAAGAAAUCAUAACUCACUUCCUUUUGAUUUUAGAAUAUGGCUUCUGCUGAGUUUUUUUUUUUAUUUAGUUUUUAACUACUAAUUACCGUAGCUCUAUGGCAAACAUACGGCCAAUUGUGCUAUAUACGGGGUGCUACAGAGGCUUUUUGUUUUGUAAUUGUGAAUGACAACACCAGGCCCAAUGUAUGUGCAAAUUUUUUUUCAUUUUGGGGCGUGUUUACGCCCUCAAAAAUGCAAUUCAUUGAAAGAAUAAAAAUGGUUUCUACAAUG